UCCGUCAGUAGGAGGUGGCAGGGCGGUCAGCGCGCCGCGCUCUCUACGCGGAUUGGCCGCCGCCCGCGGCAGUGGGCGGGACUUCAUCCCGAGCGGUGGGUGCGGGUGAGCGGCGGCGGGAGCGGCCAUGACGGCGCACAGCUUCGCGCUGCCCAUCGUCCUCUUCUCGGCCUUCUGGGGCCUGGUGGGCAUCGCCGCCCCGUGGUUCGUGCCCAAGGGGCCCAACCGCGGGGUGAUCAUCACGAUGCUGGUCACCACGGCCGUGUGCUGCUACCUCUUCUGGCUCAUCGCUAUCCUGGCCCAGGCCAACCCCCUUUUCGGGCCGCAGCUGAAGAACGAGACCAUCUGGUACGUGCGCUUCCUCUGGGAGUGACCCCGGCAGCAGCCUAGAGACCCGCCAUUACCCUCUUGCUGUUCGAGCAUCUUCCCUCCCAUACCAGGCAGCUCCCAGAGGUGCUGAGCCAGGGAAUAGAGCCGUUCCCCCGGUGCACUUCAAGCACUGCAGCCCAGCGCUGGCUGGGCCCACGCUGUUGGCCGGCAGUGUCCCUGCUGCAACGUGGGCCCCGUGGCACCCUGCACGUGACCGGUCCCUGCUUGGCUGGGGGUGGUCCUUGCUAAGACAGGCUCUAGCUGUGGCUGGCAGAAGGGUAGGCUGAGCCUGUUGGAGGAGGCAGGCUGCCAUGGAUGUGAGGGAGGUGCUGGGGUCUUGGGCAGUGGCUCCUGCUCAGCAGUGUGCCCAGCCUGAGACUGUGUCAUCUCCCACCAUGCAGUGAGGGUGCUGCAGUAGUAUGUAGGUACCACCAUCCCUCUUGUGUCUACAUUCCAAGAACAAAAUAUUGAAUUGUCUUAGGUCUGCCCCUUAUUUAUCAGAUAAUUUAUUGGCAUUAUUUAUUUAUUUGUAUUUGUCUGUGUUUGCUGACCGCGUGUUGUGGAAAUAAAUAUUUUUUUCUAGUAA